AUACAAAGAAAAAAAACGGAGGACUUGAACCCAAAUACGUUCCCAUCCAAGACGCCUCCCACUGGCAGGGAGCAUGUCGGCUGGCUGACAAACGAGGCCGAGCCGACACACUCCGAAACAACUCGUUGAUGUACUCGCCACACAGACGUACUACAAAUUAUUUGGUGUUGCGCCGGGUCUCUGCUAGCAUUUCAUUUAUGCAAUUGCUGCAUCUGUGAAUAACACCCCUAUCGAUAGUGGCAUUGCGUUUUGACACGAACCGGAGACAGUGUCGCUUAGAAAUGUGCUCUUGCCGCACACCAUCAUCGUAUCAACCAUGUCUGUCAAAACAGAAUUCGAUCCCAAGAACAUGCCCUUCCGCCGUCUGGGCCCCAGCGGCCUACGAGUCCCGGUGUUCUCACUUGGUGGAUGGCUGACGCUGGGAGGAACCGUUGUUGGUGACCCUGUCAAGGAAAUCGUCAAAGUUGCCUUCGAGCAUGGUAUUAACAUGUUUGACACCGCUGAGGGCUACGCAAAGGGUCACUCCGAAGUUGAAAUGGGUCGCGUCAUCAAAGAACUUGGCUACCGUCGCUCCGAUUUGGUCAUCACCACAAAAUUGUUCUUUGGUACCCGUACUGGUCCGAAUGACACUGGUCUCUCCAGAAAACACAUUAUUGAGGGUACCCAGGAGUCACUGAACCGCCUUGGCCUCGACUAUGUUGAUGUCCUCUUCGCCCACCGACCUGAUUAUACAACACCCAUGGAGGAGACUGUCCGCGCUUUCAACUAUGUCAUUGAGAAGGGCUGGGCAUUCUACUGGGCCACGUCAGAAUGGUCUGCAAGGGACAUUGAGGAGGCUCACCACGUCGCUGAGAAGCUCAACCUGAUCCCUCCCAUUGCUGAGCAGUGCCAGCACCACAUGUUCCACCGUGAACGCCCUGAAAAGGAAUACGCACCUAUCUACAAGAAAUAUUCCAUCGGGACCACUGUUUGGUCUGCAUUGGCUAGCGGCCUCCUCACCGGGAAGUACAACAAUGGAGUCCCGGCAGAUUCGCGGUUCGCUGCCCACUCCGAUUUCUUCAAGGACACUAUGAAGAGCCUCAACGAGGAGGAGGGUCUCUCCAAGAUCAGCAAAGUCCAAGCGCUCUCCAAGCUCGCUGAGACGGAGUUAGGAUGUAGCGUCACACACUUGGCGUUAGCAUGGAUUGCAAAGAAUCCGAACACGAGCACCGUCAUCCUCGGCGCCUCCAAGCCUGAGCAGGUGGUCGAUAACUUGAAGGCACUGGACGUUAUUCCCAAGCUAACGCCUGAGAUCCUAGACAAAAUUGAGGCAAUCCUUCAAAAUAAACCUGCACCGACUCCUACCUUUGGCAGGCCACCACUUGAUGCCUAUGGUCGUCUAUGA